CUGGUCGAUGUGCAUUUGAACGCAACCAUCGUCCGGGGGUAGGGGUAGGGGUAGGUGCGCAAAGUAGCAGCCGGCUUUUGAACGACUAUCAUCGAUUCCACACUAUCUGCACUCUGAUGGCCACGCAAACCCUUGGCAAGGGAGCAUACUUAAUAAAAGAGUCAUUGUCCAGCGGUUCUGUUUGGAAAUGACAGUUCGCGGCUGAAAUGCACCGUCCUCUGCUGCGCAAGGGGAAACUGACCCGGAAGGGAACUGCGGCAACACUGUAGUAUCUUGCAGCGUGGAGUGUGAGCUAGGAAUCAGACUCAGCUCCUGUUAUCCAUCCCAACAGUAACAUCACCAGCAUUCACUGUAAGUGCUCUCUUUGUACAAUGCUGGGCCGUAAAGUGACAUUGGCGACUUGCGCACUGAACCAGUGGGCUUUAGAUUUCGAAGGAAAUCUCCAAAGAAUUUUGAAAAGCAUUGAAAUAGCAAAAUCAAAAGGAGCAAGAUACCGACUUGGACCGGAGCUGGAAAUCUGUGGGUAUGGCUGUGGCGAUCACUAUCUGGAGUCAGAUACUGUGCUGCAUUCCUUCCAGAUGCUGGCAAAGCUCUUGGUUUCUCCAGUUACUGAAGACAUUAUAUGCGAUGUAGGCAUGCCAGUGAUGCAUAAAAAUGCUCUCUUCAAUUGCAGGGUGAUCUUUCUCAAUGGAAAAAUAUUGUUAAUUAGACCAAAGCUGCUGAUGGCAAAUGGAGGGAACUACAGGGAAUUACGCUGGUUCUUGCCAUGGAACAAACCAAGGGUAGUAGAAGAGUAUUUUCUUCCAGAAAUAAUCCAAUCUGUGACAGGACAGGAAACAGUCCCGUUUGGCGAAGCUGUGUUGGCAACAAAGGACACCUGUCUUGGAAGUGAAAUAUGUGAGGAACUUUGGGCUGCCAAUAGUCCUCACAUUACCAUGGCGAUGGAUGGGGUGGAGAUAUUUACCAAUUCUUCAGCGAGCCACCAUGUUCUUCGUAAAACUUACUUGAGGACCGAUCUUGUAAAGUCAGCUACCGCAAAGAAUGGAGGAAUAUACCUCCUGGCUAACCAGAAAGGCUGUGACGGUGAUCGCCUGUAUUACGAUGGCUGUGCUAUGAUUGGUGUAAAUGGGCAUAUUGUGGCUCAAGGAACACAGUUUUCAUUGGAUGAUGUGGAAAUUCUAACAACCACUCAGGACUUGGAAGAUGUAAGAACCUAUCGCGUAGACAAGAGCAGCCAAAAAUUAAAAAUGGCAAAUGAAGUAUAUCCUCGAGUGAAUGUCAGCUUCACACUGUCCUCGGCUGAUGAUGUCUACCUGCCCUCAGUUCAGCCGAUUCAGAUCCGAUACCAUACUCCUGAGGAAGAAAUCAGCCUUGGACCUGCCUGUUGGCUGUGGGAUUAUCUCCGACGUAGCUCACAGGCUGGUUUUUUUCUACCUCUCAGUGGGGGCAUUGAUAGUUCGGCCUCAGCCUGCAUUGUCUAUUCCAUGUGUUGUCAAGUGUGCUCUGCUGUGUCAAAUGGAAAUCAGCAGGUGCUGGAAGAUGCCCGGAGAAUUGUCAAUGAUCCUAAUUACACACCCAAAGACCCUCGGGAAUUCUGUCGACACAUCUUUACCACUUGCUACAUGGCCAGCGAGAACUCGUCUCAAGAUACCUGUAACCGGGCCAAGGAGGUAGCUGAGCAAAUAGGCAGUCAUCAUAUAAACCUGAACAUCGACCCUGCUGUGAAGGCUGUGAUUAUGAUUUUCAAGCUGGUGACUGGCAAAUUACCACAAUUUACUGUGCAUGGUGGUUGUCGUCGGGAGAACAUAGCUCUUCAGAAUUUGCAGGCUAGAAUCCGAAUGGUCCUUGCCUAUCUCUUUGCUCAGUUGAGCUUAUGGACUCUUGGGAAACCUGGAGGAUUGUUGGUUCUGGGAUCCGCCAACGUGGAUGAGAGUCUCAGAGGAUACCUGACCAAGUACGACUGCUCCAGUGCAGACAUCAAUCCAAUUGGCGGCAUUAGUAAGACGGAUCUCAGAAACUUCAUCCAGUACUGUAUUGAAAACUUCCAGAUCACAGCUCUCCGAAAUAUUAUGUCUGCGCCACCAACAGCUGAACUGGAGCCACUGGCAGAGGGCCAGAUAGCACAGACGGACGAGGCCGAUAUGGGAAUGACGUACGGGGAACUCUCAGUGUUCGGGAAACUAAGGAAAAUUGCGAAGUGUGGCCCUUACAGCAUGUUCUGCAAGCUGAUACACAUAUGGAAAACCAUCUGUACCCCUCGGCAGGUGGCUGAGAAGGUGAAACAUUUCUUCCGCAUGUAUUCUAUUAACCGGCACAAAAUGACCACGCUGACACCUUCAUACCAUGCCGAAGACUAUAAUCCUGAUGAUAAUCGCUUUGACCUCCGACCAUUCCUGUACAAUAGCAGCUGGUCUUGGCAGUUCAAGUGUAUAGAUAACCAGGUCACAAAACUGGAAAGUACUUAAGGAAAGAGUGUUUAUGCUGUUUGCAAUGAGCUCAGCUGAAUGCUGCUACCUCAGUUGCCCAUCAUGUAUUGAUAUGAUGAAAUUCAAUCGCCUGCCAUGUAUUCAGAGAAUCAAGCUACGGAAUUUGUUUUCUAAUGUCCAGUCCAAAAAUCAUGAUUGGUUCUAAUUAAAAUGUUAUCUUAUUGUGUAAUAA